GUGGACAGUGAGCAGUGACUUUCCUGAAGUAAGCUAAACGGAUACGAACCAAACCGAAACCACACUCAUCUCUCUGUGCUCUCUUUCACCAUACUGAAUAAUAUAUGGGUUGCUCUGCGAGGGAAAAACAAAUUCGAGGGAAUCGGAAACUUCAUUCGGCAAAACCCGAUUUCGAUUCAUCCUGUAAUUUGAACAAAAAAUGGAUGGUACCCUUUAAAAACCAUGUUGAGUUGGGUCUCAAUCCCAAUUCAAACCCUAACGUUGACUCAUCGGGUUGGGUUUUGUGUAUGGAGGGUCAAUUGGAAGAGAUUCUGUUGAAAAACAUUGAAAUUAUAUACAAUAAUACUGUGUCAAAGCUUGUUGCUUUGGGCUACAACGAGGAUGUUGCCGUCAAAACGAUUCUGCGAAAUGGGCAUUGUUAUGGUGGCAUGGAUGUGUCCACAAACAUACUACAGAACUCCUUGGCUUGUCUGAAUAGUGGAAAUUUUGAUAAUUGUGGAUUCAACCCUGCGUUCUCUGACUUGAAGCAGCUCACAGAAUACACUCUGGCGGGUAUUGUGUCUCUGUUACAAGAAGUGAGGCCCAAUUUGAAUAGAGGUGAUGCUAUGUGGUGUCUCCUCAUGAGUAAUUUUCAUGUGGGAAGGGCCAGCACCAUCCAAAUUCCGGUUGGCAACGAGUGUCCUUCUUAUGCUGCAGUUGAGAAUACAGGUAUUGGUAACAAUGCAGUUGGUGUUAAUGCUCCACCUCUACAAAAGUUUCAUGGGGAAUCCAUAGAAUUUCCUGUGAAUGGUUUCUUCUCUUAUGGUCCGGGGAUUAAUUUUCAGUUACAGAGGGAUAUUGUAUUCCCAAAAAGAUUUAAUCUUUCUCCUUCCAUGAAGUCCUUAUUGAAAAGAAAUGUUGCAAUGUUUGCUGCCAAUUUUAGGGCUAACUCAAAACAGUUGCAGCCACAAGCCAAGGCCAUUCCUAGCAUUAGCACCAUUUCGAAAUUGGAUUCUUCAUCAGUUUCUGGGACUCCGGUCCUGGGCAAGCAGUCUGUUGAAUUUCACCCUCUGAAUAACCAAGAAGACUUGAAUUCAGUGCUGAGUAAAUUGCUUGAUCUAAAUAUUGGUGAGAAUUCAGAGUUUGUGGUAGAAGAUCAGAAGGAUGAGGUGAUAGUCACUCUAGCUCAUCAGAUUAAGGAUCUUGAGAAACAGGUUGAGGAGCAAAAAGAUUGGGCUCAUCAGAAGGCAAUCCAAGCUGCAAGAAAGCUAAGCAGUGAUCUGAUUGAGGUGAGAAAAUUAAAGAUGGAAAGAGAGGCAAACCAACGACUGAAGAAAGGGAAAGAGGCACUUGAUGACACAACCAUGAAGAGACUCUCAGAAAUGGAGAAUGCCUUAAGGAGGGCUAGCGGUCAAAUGGACCAAGCAAAUGCAAUUGUCAGAAAACUAGAGGCGGAGAAUGCUGAAAUCAGAGCAGAGUUGGAGGCUUCUAAAUUAAGUGCAUCAGAGUCAGUUUCAGCCUGCAAGCAGGUUAUGCAAAGGGAGAAAAAGUGCUUAAAGAGGCUUCAAGCUUGGGAGAAACAGAAGGCCAAGAUACAACAGAAUAUUUCAGAUGAAAAACAGAAGAUAUUGGAGAUAGAAGAAGAAUUGGCUCAGAUUAAACAGUGUGAAAAAGAUGCUGAGGUCAUGGGGAGGGAAGAAUUGAAGGCUAAGGAGGAAGCCUUAGCACUAAUUGAAGAGGAACGCCGUUCUAAGGAAGCAGCUGAUACUAAUAAUAAAAGAAAUCUUAAGGCUUUACGCCUGAAGAUUGAGAUAGAUUUCCAGCGUCGUAAGGAUGAUCUUCUGAGGCUUGAGCAGGAGAUUUCACGUCUUAAAGCAUCUGCACAUUCUGCUGAUUUUCAUCAUCGAGCUAGGACUAUGCCCCCAAAUGAGUGUGAGGAUGUAGAGCCCCAAAAUGAGACAAUUGAUGAGCUUCUACAAGAAUUAGACAAUGCAAAGGAUUCUUCAGAAAAAGAAGGCAACGGUAAUAGAGAAUGCAUUAUAUGUGGAAAAGAUGAACUUUCCAUAAUUUUCUUGCCAUGUGCACACCAAAUUAUGUGUGCUAGCUGCAGUGAACAGUAUGGGAGAAAGGCCAAAGCUGUCUGUCCAUGCUGCCGAGUUCCAAUCGAACAGAGAAUCCGUGUAUUUGGGGCAAGUUCGUAGUCUCGCACUGAUAUGCUACGAACUCUCACAUUUCCUUGCAGUCGUUGGAGUUUCUUUGUCCUCAAUCUCUCACAAUAUGCCGUGGGACGUAAGAUAAUCAGGAAUAUGUAAAUAAAACAUUGUCUUCCUUUAGCUUAUCUUUUGAAUGUCUGAAAUUUUGUUGGUUGCUGCCAUUGCUUGAAAAUAAGAAAUAGGGAAAUACUAUCUAGUGUUUUGAAGGCACUAAUCAAGGAUUCAAAAAAUAACAUGUAUUUAAACAAUGAGUAAAGUUUUUUGAGUUCUUAAUCUAUCAAAUGUUAUAUUCAGUAU